AUGGAGAGCGAGCGAGUCCACUACAUCGACGUGAAAGAAGGCCACAUUCUAGUACAGCCCGUUCCUGACGAUUUGAUACCUGCAGCGACGCUGGAUCAACAGCUCCAGGAAGAAGCCAGAAUGACCAACAGCAUCGAAGUGCAACUCGAAGUGACUGACGAAAGGGCGAGGGCCCUGGCAGCAUCGUUGAGUCUCGAAGAACAGGUCUCAUUACUAGCUGGAGUUGACUUCUGGCGGUCAAUGCCAAUUCCCAGCAAAGACAUUCCUUCAAUCAAGACAACAGAUGGCCCAAACGGCGCGAGAGGAGAGUUCUUCACCAAUGGCACGCCUGCAGCACUUUUUCCGUGUGGAAUAUCCAUGGCGUCAACAUGGAACCUGGACUUGAUCGAGGAAAUAGGUCGACAUUUGGGAGACGAGACAAAGGCUAGGGGUGCCAAUGUUUUGCUUGCGCCCACGAUAUGCAUGCAUCGAUCACCAUUGGGCGGGCGCAACUUUGAAUCAUUCUCCGAAGACCCUUUCCUCACAGGUAAACUAGCGGCCUCCUACAUCCGUGGAUUGCAAAGCAAGAAGAUUGCUGCAACAAUCAAGCAUUUCGUUGGCAACGAGCAAGAAACGGAGCGCAAGGCAUACGAUGCAGUGAUUACAGAACGUCCUCUGAGAGAGAUCUACCUUAAGCCAUUUGAGAUCGCUGUGAGAGAAGCUUCGCCGUGGGCACUGAUGAGCUCGUACAACAUCGUCAAUGGAGUACAUGCCGACGAGAAUGUCCACACACUCAGAGAGAUAUUGCGUGGCGAGUGGGGAUGGAAUGGUGCUGUCAUCUCCGAUUGGACCGGGACAUAUGCUACAGCACCUUCCAUAAAAGCUGGAGUAGACAUUGAGAUGCCGGGCCCAACCGUGUGGAGGCAAGUAGAGCAAGUAAAGAAAGCAUUGGAGAACGGUGAGAUCACAAGAGAAGAGAUUGAGAAAGCGGCUGGAAACGUGCUCUACCUUGUGGACCGGACAAAGGGCUUAAAUGAUCAAACAACAGAGCCAAGAGAACAAUCAAUUGAUAACGAGGGAACCCGAAAAUUGAUUCUCCAGGCGGGUAUCGAAGGAUUGACUUUACUAAAGAACGAUGGCGGGGUGCUUCCAAUCAAGGGCGCGAAAAAAAUCGCUUUGAUAGGACCAAAUGUCAAGAGAGCUAUCGCGAAUGGAGGUGGCAGUGCUGGCUUGAACCCCUACUACAAAAUCAGCCCUUGGGAUGGUCUCCGGGACCGUUUCGAUGGAGAGGUCGUCUUUGCGCAAGGAUGCGAUAGCUCGAAGUGGCUACCACUGGCUGCGCCGUACUGUACGAUACCAGACGGGCAACAAGGUGUGCAGUUAGAGUAUUACUACGGUGACAAGUUUGAAGGGGAGCCGGCAGUCAUUCAGCACAAGGUGAAUACCGAUCUUUGGCUUUGGGAUUCUGCACCAAAACCUGUUCUGCCAGCGUAUUCCUUCAAGGUCAAAGCUACCUUCACGCCAAAGUCUACCGGAAACCAUACUUUUAGCUUUGCAUCUGUGGGACCAGGAAGGCUUUUUGUGGACGGAAAUAUCCUGAUCGAUAACUGGGAUUGGAAAGAGGACGGCGAAGCUAUGUUCUCCGCUUCUGAAGAUAAGCUGCAAUCGAUACAGCUGGAGGAGGGCAAGCCAUACGAAUUGCUUGUCGAAAGCACCAACGAGGUGCGACCGGCAACUAAAGCAUCGAUCAUCGGCCGCCAACACGACUAUGGGGGCUGUCGCAUUGGAUACCAAGAAGAAGACAAGAUUGACCGUCUAGAAGAAGCCACCCGGAUUGCUCGCGAUGCAGAUGUAGCCGUGGUAGUUGUUGGCCUUGAUGCCGAAUGGGAAUCGGAGGGUUACGAUAGGGGCAGCAUGGAUCUUCCAAAAGACGGGUCACAAGACCGGCUGAUCGAAGCUGUUCUCCAAGCCAAUCCGCGUACCGUCGUAGUCAAUCAAUCGGGCACGCCAGUCACUAUGCCAUGGGCUGAUCGCGCCCCAGCGAUAUUGCAAGCAUGGUAUCAAGGGCAAGAAGCGGGACACGCCCUCGCAGACGUUCUACUCGGAAAUGCAAGCCCAAGCGGAAAGCUCCCUACAACCUUUCCUGUUCGUCUAGAGGACAAUCCAUCUUACCACAAUUGGCCUGGUGAGAACUUGAAGACGGUGUAUGGAGAGGGCAUAUACAUCGGCUACAGACAUUACGAGCGCUUAAAGAUUGCGCCUCUCUUUCCUUUCGGCCACGGGCUCACGUACACGACCUUUACCUACGGAGCACCGACCAUCAGCUCUUCCGUCCUAUCAGUAUCUUCUCCAGUCAUGAUCACCGUCCGAGUUACAAACACAGGCUCCGUUGCCGCUUCCGAAACCGUUCAAGCCUAUGUCAAGGACGUGAAGUCACGGCUUCCGCGGCCAGAGAAGGAGCUUCAGGCAUUCGACAAAGUUUUCUUGCAGCCUGGCGAGACAAAGGAUGCCAACCUGAAGUUGGACAAGUACUCAGUGGGGUACUUUGACACUAGUCUGGAAGAGAAGGGGUUGUGGAUCGCGGAGGAGGGAGCGUUUGAGGUCCUGAUUGGAGCGAGUAGUGUGGAUAUCAGGGCGAAGGCAGAGUUCGAGGUUAAGGAGAGUUUCACGUGGGUGUUCUAG